AUGGCAACUAGAGCUCGUGUAUUAUUAACAAACUGGAACAAAAGAUAUGGUAGUGUUGUUCAAAUACAACAGAAUAUUAAUAGAAGUAUUAAUCAUUAUAAUACACAAGGAAGAUUUCAAAAAAACCACACACAACAAUUAAUUAAAAUAAACAAUUUACGUAGAGAUCUUGCUAAUGCUAAAAAAGAAGCAAAAGAAGCUAAACAAAAAUAUCUUGAAGAAAAGGAGAAACUAGAAAAAGAGAAAAAACUUCAUACUGAGACAAAAAAAGAACUAGAAGAUGCUGAAGAAGAAAAUAAAAAACUUAAAAAUGAAAACAAAAAAGAAAAAGAAAAAAAUAAAGAACUUGAAGAAGAAAAUAGAAGAUUAGAAAAAACUAUCGAAGAUCUUAAAAAAAAUCACAAGAUUGAAAUUGAAGAACUAAAAGAAAAAAUCAAAGAUAAAGAUGAUGAGAUUAAUGAUCUGAAAAGGGAAUGUGAUAGGUAUAAAAAAAUGUACGAAUCACAAAAAAAAGUUGCUGAAAAAUUAGAAGAUGAUAAAAUAGAACUAAACAAACUCAUUGAGGAUUGUAAGAAAAAUCAUGUGAAUUAUGAUUCAAUAAAAGUUAAAAAAUUACCUCCAUCAUUAGUACGUGAGAUAGUUAAGGAAUUAGAUAAAAAUAAACAUGAAACAACUGAUAUCAGUGACCAAAUAAAAAACUUGCAGCAAAUAUCCAGACAAAAAGCUUAA